GUUACUGUCUGAAACAAAAUAGUUCGAUUACUUUUGACGGUAUCGUUAAAAUAUGUGGUUUCGAAGCGGAAACUGCGUUGACUGCCGCAAACAAAAUGGCCGCCAUAUUCGUAACCCAAGAAAAAUACUUUAUGCAGUACUUUCGGUGUCCACAUUUUUACAAUACCUCCAUUGAUUUUAUGAUCGUGUUUGAGACACCGAUGACAAUUGUGGCAGACAACGUUAAUUCGCCACGAAUACAUUUACCUCGGUCCUUUUUUUAAAAUAUAUAGAAUCUUUAAUAUUUUUGGACCAUUGCUCUGAAGAUAAAUAUACGAAUCCAAUUAAAAAUUAAAAAUUUUGACAAGCUAAUUAUAAUACCUUACUAUGUACAGAUAUCAGAUUGAAGCAGCAUCACAAUUCCGGGAAUUGCGAUACGAUCAGUUCAAGCAAUGCGUGAUGACUCAUCAUAAAGCUCUAAAGUUUUUCGACAAUCUACAGGAAUGUAGCAAGAACAUGUUUCUUGCCCUGGUUGCGAUAAACAUAACAAUCAUCAGCAUGACGGCUGUUCAAAUACUUAUGCACAUGGGUCGACCUCUGGACAGUACCAGAUUCAUUCUAUUCUUUCUGUGCUCACACUUUCAUUUGUACGUCAUCAGCCUGUUCGGUCAAAUCAUACUGAACCACAGUACAAUAUUAGCGGAAAGAAUAUAUAAUUGCAACUGGUACAAGAUACCCAUCAAGUUCCAGAAGUUACUUUGUACGAUGAUAGGAAGGUGCAACAGACCCUGCAUUCUGAGCGCGGGAGGACUGUACGAUAUGAACAUGGAGAACUAUGGAAAAGCAGUGAAAGCGUGCAUGUCGUACUUCACCAUGUUUCUGUCGAUGAGGGACUGAGUGUACAGCUAUCAAGCUCAACUAACCAUAAGGACAAUGAAACUGUAGUCACGAAAUUUGCUAGCAAAUCGGAAGUCACAUAGUUCCUACAGAAUGUCAGCAACAUUCAAAUGAAAUUCAAAAUGAAAACAUCUAAUGUAAUUAAGUGUCAAAGGGAAUUAUGGUAAAAUUAUCACUAAGCAAUUAAAAGCAGGUUUUAUAGAUCACUCUGUCGUAGUGAAGUUUGUUCUACUUUUAUAAUGAAAAUAAAUAAUCUACAAUGCACGGAUGAUUUUAAUACUUUAACCGCACUUGUACGCAGUCAGAUGUCGCCGGCAAUAUUUUUGAAGAAUUUAAAGGAACUUUAUGCAUUCACGAAAUAAUUCAACAUGGUCAUACACACAAAACAAACACUGGGCCACUCCAAAUCGCGGGGUACCUCCGCUUUAGGUAAGCGAAUUACGCGCGCUGCUUGCUAUGGGACUAGUGGCGCAGAGUAAGAGACAACACUCUCUAUCGGCACCUCCUUGCUUUAUCGGCACAAUAUUUUGAAACAAACGUCUUUCGCAAUACACAAUUUGGCAGAGCUAAUUGCGAAACUUGUUACAAAGAAGACA